AUGGCGACAGGCAUGCUCAGAACAUCAGGCGCAAAUAUUGUUCACGCCGAGGGCAAUGAGGUCCUACUCCGAGGAACGGCCCUCGGUGGCUGGAUGUUAAUGGAGAACUUCAUGAACGGCUUCCCCGGCCGCGAGCACCAGAUCCGCGCAGCCCUGCUCAAGGUACUGGGCAAGGAGAAAUGCGACUUCUUCUUCGACAAGUUCCUCGAGUAUUUCUUCAUGGAGAAGGACGCCGAGUUUCUCGCCUCCCUGGGCUUCAACUGCCUGCGCCUGUCUUUCAACUAUCGGCACUUUGAGGACGACAUGAACCCCUUUGUGAUCAAAGAGGAAGGAUUCAAGCACCUGGACCGAGUCAUUGAGCUUUGCGCAAAACACAAAAUCUACACAAUCCUCGACCUCCACGCCUGCCCCGGCGGCCAGAAUCAAGAUUGGCACUCCGACAACCCCACCGGCCACGCAGCCUUCUGGGACCACAAGCACUUCCAGGACCGCGUUGUGAACCUGUGGCAGGUAAUCGCGCGGCGGUACAAGGGGAACCCGUGGAUCGCCGGGUUCAACCCGAUGAACGAGCCCGCGGACGUCGAGUGGACGCGGCUCCUGAGCUUCUACGACCGCAUCGUGCCCGCCAUCCGGGAGAUUGACCCGGAGCACAUCCUCUUCCUCGAGGGGAACACAUUCAGCAUGGACUUCUCUGGCUUCACCUCCGUCUUCCCCAAUGCCGUCUACGCUGUGCACGACUACUGCGGCUUUGGCUUCCCGAACCGCAUCGGCCGCUAUCAGGGCGAGCCCGAGCAGGACGCCUACAUCCGGCGCAUGUACGACCGCAAGGUCGAGUUUAUGAAGCGGCACAACGUGCCCAUCUGGAACGGCGAGUUCGGACCGAUCUACGAAAAGGCAGAGCACAACCCCGACUGGGAGGUCCACAACGACGAGCGGUACAGAAUGCUCGAAAAGCAGAUGGCCAUAUACUCGUCUGAGAGUAUUGCCUGGUCCAUCUGGUCCUACAAAGACAUCAACAUCAUGGGCAUGACCUACCUCCCCGACACGACCGCGUGGAUGCAGCUGCUCGGCCCGAUCAUCCGCAAGAAGCGCGACCUCGCCGUCGACAGCUGGGCCUACGACGACGCACACCUCCAGGACGGGCUCUUUGGGCCCCUGCACAAGUGGUUCGAGGACAACGUCCCCGAGCAGUACAGCAAAAAGUACCCCUGGCAGUGGCGCAUGCAUAUGCACGUCUUCCGGGGCAUCCGCGGCAUCACCAUGAGCGAGUACAUGAUCCCCGAGUGGGCGGACUAUUUCAAGGGCAAGAGCUUCGAAGAGCUGGAUGAAAUUGCGGCGAGCUGGAAGUUUGAGAACUGUGUGCGCAGAGAGCGGCUGAAUGACGUGCUGAGGGCGUAUGCACCGAUGAAGGCGGACGAUGAGAGGUUGAAGGGCAAGGUUAUUGAGUCGGAGAAUAAGGUUCUCGUCAGAGGUGACAAGCAGGAGUCGGUGUCCGGCGUGGGUGUAUUUGAGCUGUCCCCCGAGGAGAAGGCCAAGAGGGAGAAGGUGACUGUGACGCCGGUGCCCGUUGCGGCAUAG